AUGAGAGAGCAUCAAAGAGAUACUAAAAAUGUAAAUAAGGGAGAUGGUGUGAAAGAGCCAGUUAUAGAUAAUGGGAAAAAACCAGAAGCUGCUACCAAUGAUAAAGCUGCUGCCAAUGAUCAAGCUGCUGCUAGUGAUCAAGCUGAGGAUGAGGAUGAAAGGGUGAGAUGUCCAGAGUUUAAUGAGAAGACUGGCAUGAGUAACCCAGAGUUAUGCAAGGGUAUGAAGUUCCCAAAUGGGAAGGUGUUUAGGGCUAUCUUGAGGGAAUAUGCAGUGAAAAAGCCUAUUAUAGGGGAGUUAACCUUCCAGAUAAAGACCAUGGUUCCAACUUGUACAUAUGGGAGGACAUUCAAGCAUAGCCAGGUCACUUCUACAUAUGUGGCUAGGAAAUACUUGGAUGAUUUCAACAAAAAUCCUAAUUGGGCAGUUUCUAGUGUGAAGUGUCAAGUUAUGCAUGAUAUGUAUGUGGACUUGAGCAUAAAUCAAGUGUACAGAGCUAAGAGGAAAGCUAGAGAGUUCAUAUUAGGUGAUGAGAGGUUGCAGUAUGGAAAGUUUAGGGACUAUGCAGAGAUGAUAAGAGUAACUGAUGUGGGGAGUAAGGUGAUUCUGCAAACUGAGAUUACUGAGCCUAACACACAACUCAAGUUCAAAAGGAUGUAUGUGAGAUACAAUGCCCAGAAAGUUGGAUUCUUGGGGGGGUGCAAGCCACUUGUAGGAUUAAAUGGUUGCUACUUGAAGGGCAAGUUUGGUGGACAUAUAUUAUCAGCAACUACAAGGGAUGGGAAUGACAAUAUUUUCCCUGUUGCAUUAGAUGAUAUUGGGAGGUUAGAUGAGUUGAAUCUGGUGUUCAUUUCAAAUAGGCAAAAGGGAUUGAUACCUACCAUGGAGCUAUUGUUCCCAACAGUUGAACAUAGAUUUUGUGUGAAGCAUAUUUACAACAACUUUAAGUUAAAUUUCAAGGGUUUAGAAUUAAAGGCUACAUUAUGGAGGUGUGCUGCAGCAACAACAGUUAGGGAGUUUGAGAAGAGAAUGCAAGAUAUGAAGGAGUUGUACAAAGAAGCAUGGGAGUAUCUAGCAGAUAUCCAACCAACCCAAUAG